AUGACCUUGGAGGCUGCUCCAUCCAGUGGAAAGAUCAGCACACUCCAUGAGCUGGUGGAGGCCACCCACGAUGGCUACCUGUCGCGAGCCGCAGCGGAGGAGGUGGAGGAGGUGGAGGUGGCCGGGGCCGGCCGGCGCCUGAGCUGCUGGCCGCCGCUGCUGUCGACGUUUUCGCGGGUGACGCGGCUCGUGCUGCGUGGCCACUUCCUGACGGGGCUGCCGCACAGCGUGGGCAACAUGGCAUGCCUAGAGGUGCUGGCUGUGACGAAUGGGACCCUGCUGGCGCUACCUGCUGAGAUGGCGCAGCUCUCGCGGCUGCGGGACCUGGACCUGCACAGGAACGAGCUGGUCAUGUUUCCGCACCACCUCUGCGCCCUCACGGGCCUUACAUCCCUGAAUCUCAUGGGCAACAAGCUCACCAAGCUCCCGGACGGCUUCGGCUCCCUGGUGAACCUGAGGAAGCUGGGCCUGAAGUCCAACGCGCUGGCGCAGCUUCCGAGCAGCUUCACGCGGCUCACUCGCCUGGUGGAGCUAUUCAUAACCGACAACGAGCUGUCGGAGCUGCCGCAGGGCUUCGGCGCCCUCGAGUCCCUCGUCAAGCUGCAGGCCUCGUUCAACCCCUGGACCUCCCUGCCCCUUGACCUCCUGCGCCUGCCGAAGCUCGAGCUGUUCCGCCUCGCAGCAGGCACCCUCCCCGCCUGGCCGGAAAGCAGCGGCGCCGACGGCGCUGGUGGCGCUUCCACGCUCCCGUCCCUGGCGUGGUGCUCUCUCGGCGGCAACCCCGCGGCCGCGCGCGUGCCGAGCACCGAGGGCGUGCGGGCGGUGGACGUGUCGGACCUGGAGAUAGACAGGACCAAGCCGCUGGGGGAGGGCGCGUCGGGGGAGUGCUUCCGAGCCGGAGGCUCGCCGGGAGUGGCGGCGGCGGCAGCGGCGGCGGCGGGGACGGGGCGCGGCGGUGCAGGCGGCGGCAGGGAGGAGGAGGGGCCGCACGCGCACGAGGCGGCGCGGGGGCUGGUGCAGGACCUGGUGGCGGGAAAGCCCCUGGCGGCCAAGCCGACGUCGGAGCACCUCCUGCGCUGCAAGUGGCCUGCUGACGCGCGCUACAGCCUGGCGGCGGUCUGCAGCAUCUGCCGCGGCCUGGCGGACGCGCUGGCGUACCUGCACGCGCGGCGCGUGUGUCACGGAGACAUGUACGCCCACAACGUCCUGUACUGCCCAGAGACCCACCAAGCCAUCCUCUGCGACUUUGGCGCAUCCUUCUGCUACCACGAGGGACAGUCAGAGCUCUGGGAGUUGAUGGAGGUGGGCGGGGCGGGCAUCCAGUGA